AUGAAGAAAACAAGUAUAGGGGGUUCUACCUUAAAACAAUUUAAUAUGGAUUCAAUAGGAUCGAUUAAAUCAACAAAUGGGACAGUGCCGGUCAGCACAGGAACAUUAAAAAAGACACCAAGUUCUUCAGGUAGUGCAACUAAACCAAAAGUUUCAAAACCAUCAUCAGCCUCCUCUCAGGCAUCAUCUUCCUCUACAAGGAGUAACAAUUCAACUAUCGGAAAGAAAGUUGCACCAAAAGCUCUCGAAGAUUUAUAUGAACAAUCCAAAAAGAAUCCAGUUGUUGCAAAGGCAAAGCAGAAAGCAAUUGAGGCAGGUGAACCUGUUGACAAGCUUGCCUUUGAAACUGUGGUUUUGGAGGAAGAGUUGAAAAAACUCAAAAUGAAUAUAAUGAAAGAUAAGGAGGUGAGAAGUACUAUGCCGUAG